AUGGGAAGGGAGAGGUUAUUAGCGUACUUUUUCCAUUCUUGCAGGAGUGCGUGUUCUCUUCGUAACUUUGGCGGAGCAAUGUUACUAAGCACUGGUAUCCAUUUUAGUGGUUUGGAUUUUGUCAACCCGCCAAUCGUGCGUAUUGCUGCAUUAAGUCGUUUGUCUACGUUCUUUGUGUGGAUGUUAUUAAGCCAAACGGGAGCACAAUACUUAGCUACAGAGUAUACUAAUGAGAGCGUGCUUAUGCGUAACGUGUUUGCAUCUGUUCCUCAUGUUGAGCUAGAUAGCUUUGAAAUGAUGCUCUGUCGAGUCUUAACUUUUGCUGAUAGUCUGGUUAAAUGUUCUCUAUAA